AUGGUUAGAUUUCUGGUGAAGUUCACUUCUGGUGAAGUUCAGAGCAUAGAGUUCUGCAUGCUCACGGUUAUGUCCUACGACCGAUACUUGGCCAUCUGCACUGCGACAUUCUCCCUGCCUUUCUGCAGGUCCCAUGUGAUCACACAGUUUUUCUGUGACAUCCCGUCAGUAAUAAAACUCUCCUGUUCUAAAACGUAUACUGCCUUCAAGGCGGCUGUAGCCACUGGUGCCUGUUUCAGUGUCUUCUGCUUCGUGUCCAUCGUCGUCUCGUACGUGCGCAUCUUCCGGGCCGUGCUGAGGAUGCCAGCCUCUGAGGGCCGGGCCAAAGUCUUCUCCACCUGCCUGCCACAUAUCGUCGUCGUCACCGUUUUUUUCUCCACAGCCGCCUUCGCUCACUUAAAACCGACUUCCAGCUCGUCCUUUAAGCUGGACCUGCUAGUAACCGUGUUCUACACCGUGGUGCCCCCCGACUGA